GCGAACAGAUCAUCAUUUGGCCCUGGUUGCAGGGCCUUUAAUACAUGAUAAUAAAAAUACAAAAACACGCAUUUCAAAUUUAUUGUUUAAAAGCCCGCGGGAUCUACUAGUUGUAUGGUUACCCAUUUGUAAACAAAGGUGUUCAUGUUCUGUUGUACUUCGGUUGGUGUGAAAUACCUAGUUUCCCUUCACGGGCUAGCAUCGGCGUUAAGUGUAGGUAGUGCAUUAUAACGGUGUAAUGCGACAUAAGGUACAACAAACCAGUUAACAUAAAGAGUGAUUGUUUGAACAGUUGUAAAUAUAUUGCCGCUCGAAGUGGAGUGCAUAAUCCAUCAGUGUUGGUGUGUGCAUUUUUAGUUUGUUUAGUGUUAUUCAGCAUCGUACGGCAAGCGAUUCUCUUCGGACGGGCAGAGCAAAGCCGCGUUCAUCGGCCCAUCCAAGUCUGCAGUCACGCUGCGUUCGUUCCCAAGCCAGCCAGACUGGCAGCCACGGCGACUCCAACCUGUGAAGCGCAGAAAUCCAUCCACACUAAAAACUACGCGAGAGUAGUUGAACCGUUGCCUCCAGCCGCCGCCAGUACCAUUAACCGUCACCAUUGCUGCCGCCGCCGCUGCCAACACAGCCAAAUAGCACCGGAUAACGCGCGCGUGUUUGGUAUUCUAGGCACAGCCAUCUACAGUGCCGAGCCACUCGAUCGAUCGAUCGACCGUCCCACAUCUUUCAACUCAAUCAGCCUCUACCAGUGUUCGAGUAGCGUUAGUCUUUCCCAGUGCCUCUCGGUGUGAACAUCGGUCGAUCCGUUCGUCCGAAAAAUUGUACGCCGCCACUUAUUCGCGUAGGUUAGCGCGUAGAUCUUCCUGUCCAGGUUCGAAUGCCAUCCGUUACCACAGUGCGGUGUGUGGGAAUUGACGAAGAAAAGUGCUCAUUACGCAAGCUCAAUUAGCGUCUGGCUGUACCUGUUACUGCAGUCAAUUGUGGUCAAGUCUAGGCUCAACCCCGGUAUAAGCCAUCGCAGUGAACGUGUGUGAAACAACCAUAAUUAGGGCCGAAGGUGCAGUCACUGCUACGGUGACCUAAUGCAUUCGGUACAAGUUAUUUGAAUGCCAAUUUAGCCCCGUGAAUAAAAGCAUAAGAAGUUCGAAAAAGAAAUCAAUUUGUGAAGUCUCAAAAAUGAGUGUAAUUCGCCUCCGCCCGGCUGUGCUUUUGUUCGGCGCGUUACUUACCAGCGGGUGGUUGCGAUCCGUAAUCGGCAACGAUAACCUACGAGUUGCUUACCAGUGGAACCAGAUCGACUUCGAAUUUCCCAGCGCCGCAGAACGGACGGAAGCGCUCCGCACGGGAUCCUUCGUUCCCGAGAACGUGAUUCCAGUCGGUCUAGAAGUUUACAAGAAGCGCCUGUUUGUGACGUUGCCACGGUGGAAAACGGGAAUACCGGCUUCGCUGGCCUACAUUAACAUCAACGAAACAAACUCAAAAUCGCCAAAACUAAGGCCCUACCCGAGCUGGAAUGCACAUCGUCAGCUGAGUCCCGAUGAAGCCCCGGAGAUCGUGUCGCCUUUCCGGAUACGAGCCGAUCGCUGCGGUCGGCUAUGGGUGCUCGAUACCGGAGUAUCCGACAUUCUUGGAGAUUUCAAAGUUGAAAGCCCAACAUCGCUGUUGGUGUACGAUCUACACAACGACAAUCUGCUGAGGCGGUAUAAAUUUCCCCAAGACCACAUUAAAGAGAGCUCUUUCUAUGCGAAUAUUGCCGUCGAAGAUACCGAUUGUGACGAUACUUACGCCUAUGCGGCGGAUCUCGGCGCCCCCGGAUUAGUGGUGUAUUCUUGGAAGGCGCAAGAAUCGUGGCGUAUUAAACAUCACUUCUUCCAUCCGGAUCCGCUUGCCGGUAACUACACAAUCACGGGAAUCUCCUUCCAGUGGGAUGAUGGAUUGUUUGGAAUUGCUCUUUCUCGACCGCAGAACGACAACUUUUCCACGCUUUACUUUCACCCACUAAGCUCGACUAACGAAUUUGCUGUGUCCACCAGAAUACUUCGAAAUCAAACUCUCGCUACUUCGAAUAAUAUCUACCGUGAGUUUAAAGUGCUGGGAUCACGUGGUCCCAAUGGACAGGCCGGUGUCGCCUUUCUAGAUAAAAAAACCGGCGUUAUUUUUUACGCUUUACCAAACUUAAAUGCAGUUACUUGUUGGAAAACAUCCAACCGCGCUUAUACUAUCAAAUCGCUCGGACGAGUUUACAUGAGCGUAACGGACAUGGUGUUCCCGAACGAUGUGAAAGUGGAUGACGAAAGCAAUUUGUGGGUCCUGUCGGACCGGAUGCACCAGUUUAUGUACUCAAACCUCGAUCCGAAAGACAUCAACUUCCGCAUACUAACGGCAACCGUAAAGGAUGCUAUCGAAAAUACCGCCUGUGAUACAAACAUCAAACCGCUGCCCGACAUCAUUACCAAUCUGGGAGAUAUUCUCCGACCGCCGACAACCGUGUCACCCAAGUCAAGCGCCUCAAUUGCGCUAGUUUCCAAUUUGCUUGUCGGAAUUGUAAUAUUAGCAAAGCUAUUUCUGUAAAACUAGAUGAUAGAGCAGCAAUCCUAUGAACAAGCGGUGCUCAGAAGAAAACUAUUGUCUCAAGAUACUGUCAAUUUUGUCUUACCCAUUCGACUAUCAAGUGUUGUUAACAAUUUCAAAAUAAAACAUAUCCAUUCCUAUCGAGCACUGUCCAAAGUAAGGGUGCAAAACACGCAAAACAGUCACAUAAUUUUAAGAUUAAAGGCUCUUAUCUUCAGGAUCCUAGGCUAAGCUAAAGACAGCUGUUGUAAAUUAUUUUCUUCUAUAAGUAUAAAAAGAACAAAUAUGCACUUAGUUUGAAACGUUACAAUUGUAGAAUAUAUAUAUAUUGGAAGCAGACAGAAGUCAUUGUGGAAUUACCAGAAGUGCAGCAGGUUAACUAAUCAGUAUUGGAGACUGAUAAUCUCCUUUUUAUCGAUUUGUAGAUUAUGUCGGUUGGCAGGAUUUUACCCAGAACAAAUUUAUCCUAGCGUUUAGAAAGCGUGAAUUAGUUAAACGAAAUGUGCUAUAAUAGCUUAAAUGUUUGUAACUGUUUAAAGAUAGUUUUCGAACAAGAAAAAAUAUUAAAUUCAAUUUAUGUAUACAUGAAUAAA